UCCGCCCUCUCGCGCACCGCUUCCGGUAGGGACGGAAAGCGGAAGUGUGGGAGGGUCUGCGGGGCGGGCUCAGAGAGGUCUUGGGGAGGAUGGAGCAGUGAGAGGGUUUGGGCGGCUGCUGGCGGCGCCAUGGAGACGGUGCAGCUGAGGAACCCGCCUCGCCGACAGCUGAAAAAGUUGGAUGAAGAUAGUUUAACCAAACAACCAGAAGAAGUGUUUGAUGUCUUAGAGAAACUUGGAGAAGGGUCCUAUGGCAGUGUAUACAAAGCUAUUCAUAAGGAGACUGGUCAGAUUGUUGCUAUUAAACAAGUUCCCGUGGAAUCAGAUCUGCAGGAAAUAAUCAAAGAAAUUUCAAUAAUGCAGCAAUGUGACAGCCCUCAUGUAGUCAAGUAUUACGGCAGUUAUUUUAAGAACACAGACUUGUGGAUUGUUAUGGAAUACUGUGGGGCCGGUUCUGUAUCUGAUAUCAUUCGAUUACGAAAUAAAACGUUAACAGAAGAUGAGAUAGCUACAAUAUUACAAUCAACUCUCAAAGGACUGGAAUACCUUCAUUUCAUGAGAAAAAUACACCGAGAUAUCAAGGCAGGAAACAUUUUGCUAAAUACAGAAGGACAUGCAAAGCUUGCAGAUUUUGGAGUAGCAGGUCAACUUACGGAUACCAUGGCCAAGAGGAAUACAGUGAUAGGAACACCAUUUUGGAUGGCUCCAGAAGUGAUUCAGGAAAUUGGAUACAACUGUGUGGCAGACAUCUGGUCUCUGGGAAUAACUGCCAUAGAAAUGGCUGAAGGAAAGCCUCCAUAUGCUGACAUCCAUCCAAUGAGGGCAAUCUUCAUGAUUCCAACAAACCCUCCUCCCACUUUCCGAAAGCCAGAGCUGUGGUCAGAUAACUUCAUGGAUUUUGUGAAGCAGUGUCUUGUAAAGAGCCCUGAGCAGAGAGCCACAGCCACUCAGCUCCUACAGCACCCAUUUGUCAAGAGUGCCAAAGGAGUGUCAAUACUGCGGGACUUAAUUAACGAAGCCAUGGAUGUGAAACUGAAACGCCAGGAAGCCCAGCAGCGAGAAGUGGACCAGGAUGAUGAAGAAAACUCAGAAGAAGAUGAAAUGGAUUCUGGCACAAUGGUUCGAGCAGUAGGUGAUGAGAUGGGCACUGUCCGAGUAGCCAGCACCAUGAGUGAUGGAGCCAAUACUAUGAUUGAGCAUGAUGACACAUUGCCAUCACAGCUGGGCACCAUGGUGAUCAAUGCAGAAGAUGAGGAGGGAGAAGGGACUAUGAAAAGAAGGGAUGAGACCAUGCAGCCUGCAAAACCAUCUUUCCUUGAAUACUUUGAACAAAAAGAAAAGGAAAAUCAGAUCAACAGCUUUGGCAAGAGUGUACCUGGCCCACUGAAAAAUUCUUCAGAGUGGAAAGUACCUCAGGAUGGAGACUAUGAAUUUCUUAAGAGUUGGACAGUGGAGGACCUUCAGAAGAGGCUCUUGGCUCUCGACCCCAUGAUGGAGCAGGAGAUUGAAGAGAUCCGGCAGAAGUACCAGUCCAAGCGGCAGCCAAUCCUGGAUGCCAUUGAGGCUAAGAAGAGGCGGCAACAAAAUUUCUGAGCGAGGCUGGGCCCUGGGCUUUGGUGAAUCCUGGAUUGCUCGUUUCACAUUUGUCAGCCAGCACUUACACUGUGUCAUUUCUCCACAGCACCUUUGUGAACUCAGGAAUGUGCGCCAGUGGGAAGGGCUACCUUGACUGUCAUUGUGCCAUCUUGAUGUAUUUAUAUUGGUCAGGGAUAUUAUUUUGAAGAUUUAUGUCGGCGCUUUUAACUCAGAAUUUUAAACCCAGAAACAGAGACUCUUAGUUGAUAGCUGGAAAAGUUUUACAUUAUCUUUUUUGUUUUUCUUUUCCCAAUAAUUUUUGAUUGUUCUUUCUGGAAGACUUUUAAAAAAUAUAUAAAUAUGCAUAUAUAUAUAAAUUAUAAAUCGAUUCCCCACUCAGUGUGGUGGCAUCUCUGUACAGGUACAGUUUUGAACAGUUCGCCUCUUUUCUGUAAGAUUAUGGUACUGUGGAACAUGGGGGCCGAGGACAUCAGGAACCUGUUAGGAGAUCACUGAGUCCUGGGAGCCAACCUCACCCUUUGUAGGGCUGCAUUUAAAACUCGGGAUUGGUUUCCACCGUGGUUUCGACCUUGCACAGUCAUCACUGACUGGCUUUUGGAGCUGACAGUGAUGCUCAGAACACCUCGAGAAUUUGUGUUUGCUCUUUGAGUCCCAAGAGAAGCCUGGUACCCUUUUUGCAAGUUGACCUUUAGUGUUUCAGUGUCUUUCAUCCAUCUCCACUCUCCCAACUGCCUAAAGUCACAUCACAGAUGUUUCCCAGUGCCUUAGAGGAGAGGUGAUCUGGUAAAGGGACAGGCCUACCAGGAACUCUCGGCAAACACAGGGCUGUGUUCAGUCCACAAAAGGAAAGGGAUUUUGAAGCUCUCGUUGUUCAUGUGAAAAAUUAUACAAGUGGCAUUUUGCUCUAUUCCUUAUAGGCAGGGGUAUGGAGCAUUGCUUUUUUUUUAUCCACAUUCAAAUAUGUGACUGUUUUCUUUCUUCUUUUGCUACUAAGGGGUCUGGAAGUAUAAAUGAAUACUCCAGGAUGCUCAGUCUGGACAUAUAGAAUGCCAGAGCUAGAAGGGACCAUAAUGAUCAUCUGGUCUUACCCUGUGAGAAGGGAAGUGACAUGGCCAACCUCAGAAACCAGGUUACAGUAAGAGCAGGGAUUGGAACUCAGGUCUCCAUCCCUGGGACACUGAACUGAGCAGCCCCUUCCCUGAGGAAAAAGAUUUGAGUCCAUUUGGGUUAAGUUGUCCCACGGAUCCCAGCUGACAGAAACCUCUUGCCUUGCUUCUUUUUAGGUGACAUGGCUAUGAAAAGAUUCCCCAGAGAAAAAUAUCAGAGAGUCCAUGAGUUCUGCUGUGCCUAGCUGACAUGCACCCUUGGGGGCAGAUUUAGGGGCCAAAGCACAGCAGAGGUCUUUGCAAAAAGACAGCAUGGAGCCUUCUUCCUACGACUUUGGCUCAGAGCCACACCGGUUACACAGAAAAGAGAACACAAUUGGGAAAGACAAGUAUCUUUUUAUUUUCUUCUAAUAUCUCUUCCUUCAGCUAGGGGAACCAUGACUAGGUUGUACCAAAGAUUUUUGUAAUUUGACUCCAUAAUUGCUCUUGCUCCCUAAACCUGAGAAUCAAUGGAAAGUCAGGGAUAGUUCUUCUGUGAUCAGAUUCUGUUCUUUGCAGUUAAAACAAGUUUUUAAAAAUGCAAAAGGCAGUUGGUCUUCAGGGCUUAGCCUAGCUAUGUGGCAGAUAAAAAAGAGGACAAGUGAGGAUCUUGCAGGAAUAAUAAAAUGGCAGCUAGCAUUUAUUGCCAAGCCCUGGGCUAGGUAGGCUUCAAAUUUCAUAGUAGUCCUCUGGGUUAAAUACUUUAUCUCCAGUUCAUAGGUACAAAGGAAAAUGGGUUUGGAGAGAACUAUUCCUUCCCAAGGCAAUACGGCCAAUAAGUGGUAGAAUCGGGAUUCGUAGCAUUGCUCUAUAGAAACACAUGCAGCCAUGUCCAACCUGCAGGCCUCAGGCAUAACAGAUAUAAAAACAAAAAAGUUUUGUUCCUUAUACACACCAACUAUAUUUAAUAUUUUUAUGUGGCCCAAGACAAUUCCUCUUCAUUCAGGGUGGCCCAGCCAAGCCAAAUGUUGGACACUCAUGGCAGAGAACAGGAAAGUCAUGAGUCUGUUUAAAAUGAAAUGACCAUCUUUUCUUGCCCAGCCUGAGUAUCAUUUUUAGGUUGGAAAACAGCUGAAUUAAUAGGUCUGACAGCCAGCUAAGUUUUAAAAACCAAAGCAUUGAGCAUUGAGCAUGGAUACUCCACUUGCUGUGCUAACAGUUCUGCCUUAGUCUCUUUCCUCUUUAAACAGAGAGCUCAGAGAAGAAAGCCUUUUUCUCCUUUCCUAAGCAAGAUCUAAGUAAAGGAAAACUCAGUUUUUCUCCAUAAAUAUUGGUGGGCCAUGAACCUCGAUCUGGAGGUUAUUUUGUUCUAAGCAUAUCUACAUCCAACAUACUGACCCAGCAAGUCGUUUGCUCAUCACUCUAGCUAGACAGAGCCCUUUGGCUAGAAGUCAAAUUGUUUUGGAUCAGAUAAAUUUCCUGUAUAUUUGUCUUCUAGUGACAGAAAGGCAGAGGAGCAGGUCCUAGUCAUUUUUUCUUUAAAUAUUAAGUUCAAGAUACUUCCGUUUUCAUUGAGCUUAAGCAUUUGUGUCUCAAGCUUCCAAGGAACUCUAAGGCUUUCUGUACUUCCAAGAAACCAUGACCCACACUUAUUACAUCUUUUUAAAAAUCUCAUCGUCUCUUAAAAUAUCUAAAUUGCUCUCCCACUGGUGAAUCUGAAGCACGUUUCUAUUUUUUUCUUUAUAUUCUUUUGUCCAACUACCAGUUGGAUGGAUGAAAAUUUGGCUGAGGAGGAGAAAGAUGGAUAGAUAGAAUGAUAUAGGGCAUGGAUGAACUAAUGAACCAGUAUUCUGAAGCAGUUUAUGAACCAUAGACUUGACUCCUUGAGACUGUAGAUUCCACCCAGGAAACAUUGAUUUAGCACCUGUCAGAUGCCAGAAAUUUAUUAUACCAUAUAAAAUUCAGUAGCCCAGCCUGGUGUCAGAAAUGAGAGAGAUGACAUCAUGAUAGACCCUGUAGAUAUUAAAAGGCUAAUAACAGAAUCAUAUGAACAACUUUAUGCUGAUGCAUUCAACAAUUUAAAUGAAAUAGACAAAUUCCUGGAAAAAUACAAAGUUCCAAAGCACACUCAAGGAGAAAUAGAUAAUCCAAACAGCCCUAUUUCUAUAGAAACUUAAUAGCUUUGAGAGAUACAAGUAAAACUCUCCUCAUUUUAUAGAUGAUGAAACUGAGGCUCAGAGAGGUAAAGUCAGUUGCUCAAGACCAUGUCACUAUAGUAUAGAAGAGUCAGGGUUUUACAUCCAUGUCCUCUGGUUCUUACCCAGUGUCCUUUCUAACAUACCACGUUGGCUCGACAGACUGCAGCUCCUUAUUUAUGGGGGAAUUGUUCCUCCUCAAUCCACUCUCCCCUCUGCACCCCAUGCUUUCUUGGCACCAUGUUUAUGUUUCAUCAGAAUUCCAGUCAUGGUCUUUGGAAUCCAUGUUCUUUGUGUUUGGCAAAAAACUCACCAGCUUGCACUUGGACCAACUUGGAUUUAAAAAUAAGCUUAAAUGCUGUUGCUAAUGUACAAUUUAAAAUGUGAAGUUUGUAGCUUUAAUUUUUUUGUAACAAAAACUAGUAACACUGGCUUAAGUGCUGACUUGAAAUGCUAUUUUGUAAGGUUUGGAUGUAAAUAAUCAGUUGAGGUCAGCAGUUUGUAUAUGUAUGAGACAUGGCUUCCUCCAUUACCUUUUACUAUCUUUUUUUAAUUUGAGAUGCUUCCUGUAUACUUUUAUGUUAAAUUUGUUGUUUUUCCUCCUCCUUUCUUCCUGUACCUUGUCAACCUUUGUUUUAAAUAAACUGUCCUUUGGACCGCAGA